GAUAAAGGAAGUCCGAAUGAUGACCAUCAAGACGUUAUAUCGUCAAAUAAGCUAGAAGAAGAUUACUCUCUUCAAAUUCUACCGCAUCCUCAGGUGUCAUCAACAGCUUUUGAGAGCAUAAGUGCCGAUGUUUUGGUCAAUUUGCUCACCUCCAUGUCAGAUAAAGAGUUCAAAAAGAAGUUUUUUUUGGUUGAUUGCCGUUACCCGUUUGAGUAUACCGGUGGACAUAUUAAGGGUGCUGUCAACCUGUACGAUCGAAAUGAAAUAGCUAAUGUUUUUUUCCCAAAUGAUAUCACCCGAUUCGUUGCUAUCUCGCGGAAAAUUCCAAUAUUCUAUUGCGAAUUUUCCCAGAAACGCGGACCGGCUAUAGCUCAUGAGCUACGAGCUUAUGAUCGUAAGCGGAAUGAGAGUCGCUAUCCGGAGGUUGACUACAAAGAAAUUUACUUGUUGGACCGUGGAUACAGCAGCUUUUUCAAAGCCGCGCAGACACAGGGCCUAUGCGAACCAAAUGGAUAUGUCAAGAUGGUGGAUUCGCAUCACUUAAAGGAGUUGCGAAAGUAUGAUUUACACAGGACAAAAAUCGUGAUGUCAACGUCGAGGCACUUUUCACAGCUUGCGCCAUCACUUCGCAGAGGCCGACUUCACUGCCCCAGUCUCUUGUCGACUCGUAGUUGCCCUUUGUUUGAUUUGGAUGAGUCGUCACCAGAUGUUAGUUCAAUUCUCUCCAAUACGUACUGUGCUGUUGUUCAGUACCGUAGGGUCACUAGUGAUUUUGUUUGUUCAUUUUGCAACUUUUAG